GUAACGUCAAACAGAGUAACUUUAAUUAAAAGCGGAUGAUAUUUGAAUUAUAAGUUGUGGUUGUUCAGGAUAGUAUGUUUGAAUGUGUGUCUGUAUGUCUGCCCACGUUACCUUGAAUAAGCGAUAAUACUUCAAAUGGAAUGUUUGUUUCAAUGUCAAAUACGCACAUAAUGUACAUUUUUCAAUUUUUUUACUGAAAAUAAGCAUUAUAAGCAACUUAAUCAAUACAAAUGACACUUCUAUUCUCGCAACUUUUUUAUAAUAAAUACAAAAAUUUAUUGGAAAUUUCUCGUUUUAAUUUUCCAAAAUUGCCGGGAAAAUGGCCGUUUACGUUGACCGAACAACAGCUAGAUGCCCGACGUAGAGGUUUAGAGCAAUAUUUGGAAAAAGUAUGUGCGGUGAGGGUUAUAGCCGAAUCGGAUAUCAUGCAAGACUUCCUUACAGAUCAAGACGAUGAGAGUAAUUGUAGCCCUGUUGACUUAAAAAUCCUUUUGCCAGAUAGAGAAGUGGUCACAGUAUCGUUAAAGAAGAAUUCAAAUGCCGAUGAAGUGUAUGCGGCAGUCGUUAGAAAAAUUAACAUGACUAGGAAAACAGCACUCUAUUUUUAUUUGUUUGAAAUAGUCGAAUAUAAUUUUGAACGCAAGUUACAACCCUCUGAGUACCCCCAUAAUUUAUACAUACAAAAUUACAGUACAGCGACAAGCACGUGUCUUUGUAUAAGAAAAUGGCUUUUCUCUUUGAGUCAAGAACUGUCUCUAAUGAACGAUACUCAAGCAACAUCGUACAUCUUCUGGCAGGCAGUAGAUGAAGUGAACAGAGGCUGUAUACACGCGGGAGAACGUCUUUAUCAGCUUAAAGCCCUUCAGGACGUUACGAGGGCUACCGAAUACCUUAAAUUGGCCCGCGAUCUUUCCGGCUAUGGGGAGGUCGUGUUUCCCCAUUGCCCGUGCGAUUCACGCAAAGAAGGUCACGUUAUAGUGUCCGCGGGGAGUAAGGGAUUUAAAUUGCACGCAUGCCAAGAAGAUGGGACAUUAGAGAGUCAAGUGGUACAUUUAUCUUGGGAUUGUAUAAGGCAAUGGGAAGUAGAUGAUGAAGCAAUGGCAUUUUGUCUGAGAUAUGAUCGACCUGACAAGACACCCAGGUGGCUCAAAAUUUACAGUCCGUAUUAUUCCUAUCUUUUGGACUGUUUUGAAAGGAUCGUAGAAGAGAAUAAAUGGAUCGAUACCGGAGAAUGAAUUAAUUAACACUCCAAUGUUUUUGUUUCGUUUUAUGACGGUUCCAAUUUAACUUCAAAACAACUCCGAAAUACUCAAGAUCCCCAUAAUUAUUGUUAAGAUGCAUUAAAGAAUUUUAUUACAGCUCUCUUAUAAAUCUGUACAUUCACGUUUUAACAGCAUUGGGCAUCAACAAAAUGUACAUUUAGGUGAUAAAUUUAAAUUAAUUUUCCUGAAAAUGGUAAGCCCUCGAAACAAUUUUUACAUCACACUGGUUACUUUUAAAAUUAUUAAUGUCAAAUAAUAUGACAUUAUUUAAAACAGCGGCACAAAUUAAUGUAUGUAGGAAUAUGAAGUGAUGGCACUUAGGUUUUAAGGUCAUUGAUAUGUAUGAAGUUUGUAUGUGUUAUUUGUUGAAAUUCAUACUUAUUCAAAUAUUAUUAAAAGUUGUAUAGAAUAUUAUUAUAUUAGCAGUUAUUGGUUUCUUAACUACUUUGUAUUCUUGAUUAUUACAGGGUGAACCGUUAGAGUAAUAGUGUAAUGAUAAAUUUUUGCUGAUUAGGAAGAAAUAGGUAUGUUUUAAUAUCGUAAGUCGAGAGUUUGAUGUUUUUCUGUGACAAAAUGGAGCACCCUGUAUAUGUAACGCAGCUGCCUUUGUAAGAUCUAAAAGUUAGUUGUUGGAAUUUAUUUUGUUUUUUAUUGCAAAUUAUAUCACAAAGUUUAUGGCAUAAUUAUUUGGAGUGUCUUUUAUAAAAAGAAAAAACAACUUAAUUAUUGUGAUAGUUGAGUAGUUUCAUAGUAGUGCUACAUAAUAAUUGAAAGUAUAAUAUUUAUUGAUUGUUAUUUUAAAUGUAUAUUAAGGAAAUUAAA